UAUAAUUGUUAUUGUUGAAUUUAUGUUAAAAAUGUUAGUUUAUAAAUAUAAUUGUUAUUGUUGAUUUAUUUUAAAAAUGUUAAUUUAUAUAUAUAGAAUUGCAUUUAAUUAUUAGUUUAUCUUAAUUUAGGAUAAAAUAAUUAAAUGAAUGUUCAUAGUUGUAAUUCUAUAUGAUGUUAUUGAAUAAAAUGUUGUGUUGAUGAUGAUGAGUUGGGUUGAGAUCCAGGAUGAUUGGAUCGGGAUGUGAAAUAAAAUUGGAAGUGUAAUAUGAUUUUGUCGACAACUUGGGACCCCCCAGUACAGGGGAGACUCUGUCGAAUUUUUUUUAAAUAAUCGAAGUUAAUUAUUCGUAUACAUGUGUGUAGAUGCGUAGAAUGAAAUCUACAGCACGUCGUCAGAAGACGGUUGCAGCUAGUUCUUCUAGCAGCGAGGAGGACGUAUCCUUAGGUGCUGAUCACGGCGAGGAAUCUACGCCAACUUGUGAUGCUGCCUCUUCUAGCGCGGUUUCACAGCGCAGAAGCGGUGUGCCUUCACAGCGGGGUCAAUUCACCCGCAAGUACCAGGCACAAUGGAAGGAUGACCUCUCAAUGUUUACAAACAUUGAGGCUGCAAGGACUAUAACAUUGGCGUUUAAAUCGUCGAUGGAGAUUCCAUUGUUUCAAUGGAGCCAGGUUUCCAAACAUCCUGAGUGGAAACCUAAUAUCGAUGCAUGGUUUAAACGAUUUCAGGUCGGUGUUAAUUUUUAAUUUCCAGCUUAUUUUUAAUAAAUGAUUUUUAUAAUUUUAUAUCUUGUACUAUUUUUAUUUUAUAUGAAUUAUUUAUAUACACAGAACAAAUUUGAGUGGGAUAGGGCGGACAACAAUGUUGUGAGGAGGGUAUGGGAGA